AUGCUUCUCCCCAAAGGCGGCCUGAACUGGAAAGCGGCCAGAGCCCAGCUGCCGCCCGCGCGGAUGCUAUGGAACCUGGUGACACGCACAAGAUUCCUCCUGCUCGUCGCCGUCACGGGCAUCAUAUUAUUGCUAUGGCGCGGCAUCAGCAGCUCCGCGUCCGAGAUGCAAAGCUUCUACUGCUGGGGACCGUCGACGCCGCCGAUAGACAUGUCGCAAAACGAGUACGCGAGAUGGAAUGCGCACAUGCAGACGCCCGUCGUUUUCAACCACCACGCACCGCUCAAGGUCGACUCGGAAUCGAUCAAGCACGUUGACCUCAACCCCGUCAAGUCCACCCGCAAGGCCGUCGUCAAUGAGGAGAAAAUCCUCAUCGUCACGCCCCUCAAGGACGCUGCCCCCUACCUCUCCAAGUACUUUGAGCUGCUCGCCGAGCUCACGUAUCCGCACCACCUGAUCGACCUCGCCUUCCUCGUCUCCGACUCCAAGGAUGAUACCCUCGCCGUGCUUUCUUCCGAACUCGACCGAAUCCAGAAGCGGCCCGACCACAUCCCGUUCCGCAGCGCCAUGGUCGUUGAAAAGGACUUCGACUUCCACCUGAGCCAGAGUGUCGAGGAGAGGCACUCCUUCGACGCACAAGGUCCUCGGCGGAAGGCCAUGGGCAAGGCCCGCAACUACCUUCUCUCCGCUGCCUUGAAGCCAGAGCAUUCGUGGGUUUACUGGCGCGAUGUGGACAUCGUGGACAGCCCUCCCAAAAUCCUUGAAGACUUCAUUGCCCACGACAAGGACAUUCUCGUUCCCAACAUUUGGUUCCACCGGUACAGAGACGGAGUCGACAUUGAAGGGCGAUUCGACUACAACUCGUGGGUCGAGUCGGACAAAGGUCGCAGAUUGGCCGACAGCUUGGAUAAGAACGUUGUGCUCGCCGAAGGAUACAAGCAGUACGACACGGGCAGGACAUACAUGGCUCGCAUGGGUGACUGGCGAAACAACAAGGAUGAGGAGCUUGAGCUCGAUGGCAUCGGCGGCGUCAACAUUCUCGUCAAGGCUGACGUUCAUCGAUCCGGGAUCAACUUCCCGUGCUACGCCUUCGAGAACCAGGCCGAGACGGAGGGCUUUGCCAAGAUGGCGAAGCGAGCGGGCUACCAGGUUGUGGGCCUGCCGAAUUACAUCGUGUGGCACAUCGACACCGAAGAGAAGGGCGGAAACCUAUAA